UUUCCUGUGUCCCAGAAGAUGCCGGGCUAUUCACAAAGCGCAGCGCUUCUUGCGCAUGUGCAGUGGCACCUGGCUGUCACAGCCUGAUACCCACACUAAAGUCUGCAGUUUCUCGUCAUCUCCUGUACUGUCUGCAGUCUCUGGUCAUCUCCUGUACUGUCUGCAGUCUCUGGUCAUCCCCUGUAAUGUCUGCAGUCUCUGGUCAUCCCCUGUACUGUCUGCAGUCUCUGGUCAUCCCCUGUACUAUGUCCGCAGUCUCUGGUCAUCCCCUGUACUGUGUCUGCAUUCUCUGGUCAUCCCCUGUACUAUGUCCUGUACUACGUCAGCAGUCUCUGGUCAUCUCUGUACUGUGUCCGCAGUCUCUGGUCAUCUC